AUGCCUUGUUUGUCUGACGCAGAGGAAGGCAGCAUAGCCACAGACGUCGGCACGCUGCACCCACAGAGCUCCACGCAGGCGGACAACGUGUCGUCUCUAAUAUUCUCCAAUAUCUGUUCCCGAUCCGCUGGCACAUUGACGUCCACCGGGCAAGAUCCGAAGCCAGAGGAGAUGGCGAGCUCCGUGGGCAACGUGGCGGACAGCACAGAACCGACAAAACGUAUUCUUUCAUUCCAAGGGUUGGCUGAGCUGGCGCACAGAGAGUAUCAGUCGGGGGACUUCGAGGCCGCCGAGCGCCACUGCAUGCAACUAUGGCGCCAGGAGCCAGACAACACCGGGGUGCUGCUGCUGCUGUCCUCCAUACACUUCCAGUGCAGAAGGCUUGACAGGUCCGCACACUUCAGUACUUUAGCCAUUAAACAAAACCCGAUGCUCGCCGAAGCAUAUUCCAACCUGGGGAAUGUGUACAAGGAGCGUGGGCAGCUGCAGGAGGCCAUUGAGCACUACCGCCACGCGCUGAGGCUAAAGCCGGACUUCAUCGAUGGAUACAUCAACUUAGCAGCAGCUCUCGUGGCUGCGGGCGACAUGGAGGGAGCCGUGCAGGCCUACGUGUCUGCCUUGCAAUAUAAUCAUGAUCUUUAUUGUGUACGCAGUGAUUUGGGCAAUCUUUUAAAAGCCCUUGGGCGUUUGGAAGAGGCUAAGGCUUGUUACCUGAAAGCCAUUGAGACGCAACCAAACUUUGCAGUGGCAUGGAGCAACCUGGGUUGUGUAUUCAAUGCCCAGGGAGAGAUAUGGCUGGCAAUACACCAUUUUGAAAAGGCUGUAACACUUGAUCCCAAUUUCCUUGAUGCGUACAUUAACUUGGGGAAUGUGCUAAAAGAGGCUCGCAUUUUCGACAGAGCUGUGGCUGCAUACCUUCGAGCCUUGAGUCUUAGCCCCAACCAUGCGGUCGUCCAUGGAAACUUGGCCUGUGUUUACUAUGAACAAGGCCUCAUUGACCUGGCCAUCGACACCUAUCGACGGGCAAUUGAAUUACAGCCACAUUUCCCUGAUGCCUACUGCAAUUUGGCAAAUGCAUUGAAAGAGAAAGGAAACGUUCCAGAAGCAGAAGAGUGCUACAACACAGCCCUUCGCUUGUGCCCUACCCAUGCCGACUCCCUUAAUAACUUGGCCAAUAUUAAGCGUGAGCAGGGCAACAUUGAAGAAGCGGUUCAACUGUACAGAAAAGCUCUAGAAGUUUUCCCUGAGUUUGCAGCAGCUCAUUCUAAUCUGGCAAGUGUCUUGCAACAGCAAGGAAAACUCCAGGAAGCUCUGAUGCACUACAAGGAGGCCAUCAGGAUCAGUCCCACGUUUGCCGAUGCUUAUUCAAACAUGGGAAACACAUUGAAGGAAAUGCAGGAUGUCCAGGGAGCGCUGCAGUGCUACACACGUGCCAUUCAAAUCAACCCUGCCUUUGCUGAUGCUCACAGCAAUCUUGCUUCUAUUCAUAAGGAUUCUGGAAACAUCCCAGAGGCCAUUGCAUCUUACCGCACAGCCCUGAAGCUUAAGCCUGACUUUCCAGAUGCUUACUGUAACUUGGCACACUGCCUUCAGAUUGUGUGUGAUUGGACUGAUUAUGACGAGCGAAUGAAGAAGCUUGUGAGCAUUGUGGCUGACCAACUGGAUAAGAAUCGUUUGCCUUCUGUGCACCCCCACCACAGCAUGUUGUAUCCCCUGUCUCACAAUUUCCGGAAGGCAAUUGCAGAACGUCAUGGAAACCUUUGCCUGGACAAGAUUAAUGCACUACACAAACCGGCCUAUGAGCAUCCAAAAGAUCUGAAAGCCAGUAAUGGCCGUCUCCGUGUUGGUUAUGUCAGUUCUGACUUUGGCAACCACCCAACUUCACACCUGAUGCAAUCUAUUCCUGGAAUGCACAAUCCAGAGAAGUUUGAGGUUUUCUGCUAUGCACUGAGUCCUGAUGACAGCACUAACUUCCGUGUUAAAGUAGUAGCAGAGGCUCAUCACUUUACAGAUCUCUCCCAGAUACCUUGUAAUGGAAAGGCAGCUGAUCGCAUUCACCAAGAUGGAAUUCACAUCCUUGUCAACAUGAAUGGAUACACUAAAGGAGCACGCAAUGAACUGUUUGCCCUGCGCCCUGCCCCCGUUCAGACUAUGUGGCUGGGAUACCCAGGAACAAGUGGUGCUCCGUUUAUGGACUACAUUGUCACUGACAAAGAGACCUCGCCCAUGGAGCUGGCGGAGCAGUAUUCAGAGAAAAUGGCCUACAUGCCUCACACCUUCUUUAUUGGAGACCAUGCAAACAUGUUUCCUCAUCUCAAGAAAAAAGCAGUCAUUGACUUCAAGUCGAAUGGCCACAUUUUUGACAACCGCAUUGUGCUGAACGGCAUUGACCUGAAGGCUUUCCUCGACAGCCUUCCAGAUGUUAAAGUCAUAAAGAUGAAAUGUGAUGUCAACCAGGAGCCUUCUGGAGACACAAACGGAGCCCUGUCCAUGCCCGUGAUUCCCAUGAACACAGCGGCUGAAGCCAUCAUCAACAUGAUUAACCAGGGGCAGAUCCAGGUCACCAUCAAUGGCUUCACUGUCAGCAACGGCCUGGCAACCACACAGAUUAACAACAAGGCUGCCACAGGGGAAGAGGUUCCACGUACAAUAGUUGUGACGACUCGUUCGCAGUAUGGUCUGCCAGAAGACUCCAUUGUGUACUGCAACUUUAACCAGCUCUAUAAGAUUGAUCCACCUACUCUUCAGAUGUGGGCUAAUAUCCUGAAGAGGGUGCCCAACAGUGUGCUCUGGCUCCUGCGGUUCCCUGCUGUGGGAGAGCCUAACAUCCAGCAGUAUGCUCAGAACAUGGGCCUGCCUGCGUCCAGAGUCAUCUUUUCUCCCGUGGCACCAAAAGAAGAGCAUGUGAGGAGAGGCCAGUUGGCAGAUGUUUGCCUCGACACUCCUCUGUGCAAUGGUCACACAACGGGCAUGGAUGUCCUCUGGGCGGGAACACCAAUGGUCACAAUGCCAGGUGAGACGUUGGCUUCUCGUGUGGCUGCAUCACAACUGGCUUGCUUGGGCUGUCCAGAGCUUAUGCCUCACACUCGCCAGGACUACGAAGAUAUUGCAGUCAAACUAGGUUCCGACAUGGAGUACCUUAAGAUGAUCAGAGCUCGCGUUUGGAAACAGCGAAUCUGCAGUCCACUUUUUAACACCAAGCAAUACACCAUAGAUUUGGAAAGGCUUUACCUUCAGAUGUGGGAGCACCAUGUGAAUGGAAUCAAAUCGGAGCACCUCGUCAAUGUCCAUCCGCCAGAAAGCACAGAGAAGGCCUGA